AUGGCAUUUAUCCACGAGGCUUCAGAGGAAUGUGUCAAAUCAGAGCUAGAUCUUUUUCAAUUGGCGCCUACGCAAACUAGCAUUGAAAACUGCACAUACAUCGAGAUCCCCCCUUUAUCAGCGCUGACUCCCAAUGCCCCUUUGGAAUUUUUUAUAACGGGACAUGGCGAUCAUUACACGGAUUUAAACAAUACUCUGCUGUAUGUGAGCUGCAAGGUUGUGAAGGCUGACGGCACGGAUAUCGAUGACGGAGCAAGAGUGAGUCUUGUCAACUACCCCAUAGCGUCACUGUUCAAUCAGGUGGAUGUUACAUUAGGCGAUCGUGUGAUUACACAGAGUCACCACUGCUAUGCUUACAGAGGCCUUAUUGAACUUAUUCUGAACUACAGCGGAGAUGCUUUGGGGACCCAGUUUUCAGCGGGUGGCUUUUACAAGGAUGAUGCUACGCUCAUGGAGAACACCUUGCUGACAGCCGCCGGUAACUCUGGUUUCAGAGCACGAGCUAGACAUACAGCUGGCAGUCGUAAAUGGGAUCUGCUAGGCCCCUUGCAUAGCGAUCUGUUUUUUCAAGACAAACUAUUGAUUAACGGUGUGGAUGUGAACAUUAAACUCUCAAGAAGUAAAAAUGAGUUCUGCCUGAUGAGGGAUGGUAAUGAGAAUUACAAAGUACAGAUCCUGGCAGCGUCUCUCUUUGUAAAGCGUGUAAAAGUAUCACCUGGUGUACGGUUAGGACAUGCGGAGGCUCUGCUGAACUCCAACGCCAAAUAUCCUAUUGACCGUGUUGGUAUGAAAGUUUACAGCAUUCCUGCAGGCAGUCUUGUGUGUAACCAGGAAAACCUAUUUCUAGGGCAGUUACCUAAACAAUUAGUGAUUGGUUUCGUGGACAAUGCCGCAUUUAGUGGUGAUUAUGAAAGAAAUCCUUUCAAUUUCCAGCACUAUAAUGUCAACUUUUGUGCCCUGUAUUGUGACGGUGAACAAAUUCCUGCUAAACCGCUGCAGCCUGAUUAUGAACAUAACCUUUUUGUGAGAGAAUAUAUGCAAUUGUUACAGACGUCUGGCAAAGCAAUGAAAGAUCGAUCUGUGCUAAUCAACCGUGAGGAAUUUAACAAUGGCUAUACUUUAUAUUGUUUUGAUUUGAGCCCCGAUCAAGGCUGCUCAGAGCACUAUUCCCUGAUCAAGAACGGAAACCUCAGAGCAGAAAUUAGAUUUGCUGUACCUCUCCCCAAUACCGUCAACAUGAUACUCUAUGCAAUCUUUGAAAAUCUUAUUGAAAUAAGCCACACAAGGAAUGUAUUGUUUGAUUAUAUGUGA